AUGGAUUGGCUGGUGAUUUUGAUCCUUUCCAUGUCCAUUUGCUGGAAGACUUCCUUGCUGCGAAUUCGAAGAUUUCGCACCACGAAGGUGGGCGGUGGCGGAGUCUUCAUUUCGGGUCGAGGCGUUUGGGCCGAAGCGGAGGAGAAGGCUCACGCCCAGCUGGACCGACGUUUAGAUGGAGAAGAGCUGCCAGAUGCCUCCGCCGAGCCGGACCUACCGGAAGUUCGUGGCGCGGACUUGGUACCCGUUUUUGAACGUUUGGUGGCCUUGGGCAUGGCACCGCCUAAGGCGGCGGCCGCAUCCAAGCGCUUCGCAUCCCAGCUGAAGGAGCUGGGCGAGAUGGGCUUCGAAGACUGGAUCCAAGCUGUAGAUCUCCUUCAGAGGUACAACGGACGCUUGCUCCGAGUGGCCAAUGCCCUCAGCGAGGCGGCCGAGGCUGAAAUCGCGCCACCGGCGCCACCGCCGGCCGUGCCGGCCGUGCCGGCGCCCGCGGUGCCCGCGGCGCCGGCGGCUGCCAGAGUCGCCAUUGACAAAGAGCAGGUCACCGCCAAGUUCAAGGAGUUGGUGGCCAGUGGCCUCGAGCCCAAUGACGCAGCCACACAGGCCAUCCAGCUCGUGCGCCAGGAGAUGGCGGAGGCUGUCCCUGAACCACCUCCACCACCAGUGCAAGCCACUGGUGCUUUAGAGGCCUGGCUGCCAGGCGAUCUUUGACACAUUGGGCUUUGUAGUUCAAAUCCAGCAGGAAAGAGAUAGAAAAGCACUCGGGUGUAACUCGAUCUUUGAUAUGAUGGACAUUUUUUCUUGGACUCCGCUGAAGUUGGUAGCUGGGCCAAGGAAACCAGGACCGGUGUCGGUAAGAGCACGCACAAGUCCUAAUUGUGGUCUGGAAAACAACCGGACAAAUUGCUCUCUAGUUUGCUUUUUGCGACUGCCUCGUGCUUCUAUAAGUAGUCAUGCAACUGACCCGUCUCCCAACAUGUCAACCUGAUCACCUUCUUUGGAAUCACUGCAAAGCACGCGCUGAAAAAUCGGGCCAAGGCAUGCCAAGGCGAGUCCAGCAUGUGAAAAGUAGAUGUUCAUCCAAAAAAAGGGCUCGGGACCCUCCUGGCACCCAAGGGCGUAGCCCACCUUCUCAGGUUCGGUACCACUGGAGGCCUAGGGUUACAGCUUCACUCUGCUCGGGACGCCUUUUGCUGGCAUGUUUUCACCCAGAUCUUCACACAGCUCUCAGCCUCUCAUGGCGUUCGAACCUGUCAGACGCUCCGUGAAAACGACGCCCGACUGGUCCUGGUCCCGAACCAAUAAUAGGGAUUGGUGAGGUUACGUCCAGACCCCUCCAGUCCGGAUUCAGGUGCGACCCCUGCGUAGGUUCGGGUCCAAGAGCGUUUGGGUAGGUGGGUCGAUUCAGACCUCAUGCGAGGCACAGACGAAGGCGCUGAAAUCCAACCAGACGGCGAUAGGGGUCAGCUAGCUGUGAAAGCAUGAACCGAUAGAGUUGUUUUCUAAGGGAAAUUAGAGAUGUGCAACCUAUAGCAAUUAUACUCAGCUUUCUUUCAAGACUUGCCUCAGAAUCAUCUUGGCAUGUCUUGGCAGAUUGUGGUACUAAGGGAAUGAAGUCUCACUGAGGCCCAGUUUGAAGUUGGAAAAGUUCUUCCGUUGCUUCAUCAGUUCCAAGCUGGCGAUCCGACAAGUCAGGGAGUCAAUUGCAAUGGUACCCCAUCGAUAACCGUACAAGCGGACACCGAAAAACAAAGCUCGGUGUAUAUAACAUAUCGGCGUGGACUCCACCGACCAAGCAGUCUGGAGCAGGACCUUAGGAGUUCCAUUUCACCGUCGUGUGUGUUCAUCUCAUGGGUGUCCGCCCGCGCUGCCGACCUGGACCGGACACCCAUCGAAUGAUCCUGGUGAAUUCCAACCAAUGGUAUACAUGCUACAGUGCAGGGACAGAGUGCCUCACCCAUUUCCAGGUUAGAGACCCCCUGCCUGCAUCGUCCGCAUCCGAAUUCAUUGUAGCUUAUCCCAUGAAAAAAACAAUCAGGAGCAUACGAAAGAGAUGCUUUUCGUGUGCCACUGUCCUUGUUUUGCUGUUCGUUCCGUCUUUGGGUUCAUUACUGUGCUUCUCAUUAUGAUUCUAGAUCCCUAUACAUCAAUGCAC